AGCGGGUUCCUGCAGGGGAAAGUCACCCUUGAGUCACCACCUGUCCAGGUUGCAGAUUUUGAGUUAGGGGUCGCCUAAAGCAAGUAGGAGAAUAGGUGUGUGGCCCAGUUCUGUGAACAUAGCACUCCAAAGGCUGUGGGGCUCAUCAGUGCAUGGCCAACCAGGGCUACAUUCAAGGACAUCCCUGGCCCCUCCGUGAGAGAGACCUUGUCUCCAGAGCACAUAGACUGGGAUGUAGCUCAGUUGGUAGAGUGCUUAUGUGAGCCCUGGGUUCACCCCUCACGUGUCAGUGACGCUUCUGAAAGUGUUGUGCCACACGUCAGGUUCUGGGGCCAUGAUGCCCCUGAGCUCUGUGGCUUCCACCCCCCACUCAUGACGCAGGCCAGCCUUGUAAAUAUGGCAGAGGUGGCCGGUACUCUUGUGACAGUAACAGGAGUGGUACACUCCUUGGGGGUCAGGACUGUGGGAACCCACAAAACCUGAGAGUUACUCUCCAGCAAAGCCAAAGUUGUGCUGUCCCUGAGCCCUGGCCACGGGUCACUCCUGUAGGCACCCUCACUUGGUCCCCAAAGGGGACCUCCUACUUCUCCCGGGCAAUGCUUGAUGCUAGGAAUCCACACUUGUACGAGUCCCAGGUGUAGUGACUGGUUUUGUGUCAGUAGACUGAGUGCGUCUGUGUUGCAGAGGUAACCAAGGUUGUACUUUGUGCUGGCAAAAAGACUCUUAGUGUAAGAGUCACCCAGUGCUACUGGUUUUGAAACCGUGAAGGGGUCAUGGAGAGCAGCUGAGGCUGGGCCCUGUGAGAGGCCAGGAGAGGCCAUUGGUGAAGAGGCAGCCUCAGUGACAGCUGAAGGCCCAGGACUGAAGGGGUCAUGCAAAGAAGUUGAGACUUGGCACCAUGAAGAGAGUCUGUGAGAGGUGAAAGUGCAGCCCAGUCGCACGCAGCAGGGACCCCGGCAGUUUUAGAGAUGCCAGUGCCAUGGGAUGACCCCCAAGAUCAGCAGCACCAAGUGAAGCCAGCCAGAGCCUAGAAGACAGGCUGUGCAGAGGGCAGUCAGACAAGUGACCCAGGCUCCCUGGAGGACCCCAGAAGAUUGUAAGUGGAUCCCUGGAACCAAACACCUAGUUAUUUAUACUCUUGGAGUUUGGUUUUGCUUUGUUCAGGUUGUGACUGUGUCUUGGGGCUUCCCUUUUUUUUUUGGUUCUUUUUUUCGGAGCUGGGGACUGAACCCAGGGCCUUGUGCUUCCUAGGUAAGCGCUCUACCACUGAGCUAAAUCCCCAGCCCCGGGGCUUCCCUUUUUAAGAGGGGAUUUAAUUUCCUUUUUAGUUUUACAGGAGCUCACAGCUGAAAGACUUUGAACUUUUAAAAAGAUAUUUUGGAUUUUUAGAGAAACUGAAUAUUUUCAAGAGAGUGAAGUUUGAUUAUGCUUGAGGUUGUAAAGACAGUGGGACUUUUAAAGUUAUUUAUGUUUUUAUUUUUAAUGUGAUAUCUUGGGCAUGAAUAAGAAAGGAAGGAUUGUGGCUUAGUAAUGAUGUUUGUGUGACAAGUGGACAAGGGGUCAGUUGUACUGACUGGUUUUGUGUCAACUUGACACACACUAGAAUUAGAGAGGAAGGAGCCUCUGUUGGGGAAAUGCCUCCAUGAGAUCCAGCUGUAAGACAUUUUCUCAAUGAGUGAUCGAUGCGGGAGGGCCCAGCCCAUGGUGGGUGGAGCUAUCCUUAGGCUGAUGGUCCUGGGUUCUAUAAGAAAACAGGAUGAAUAAGCCAUGGGGAGUAAGCCAGUAAGCAGCACCCCUCAUUGGCUUCUGCAUCAGCUCCCGCCUCUAGGAUCCUGCCUUCUUUGAGUUCUUGCCUGACGCCCUUCAGUAGUGAACAGCAAUAUGAAAGUGUACACCAAGUAAACCCUUUUGGCCCGAACUUGCUUUUUGGUCAUGGUGUUUUAUAGUACCAAUGGUAACCCUAACUAAGAUGCUAAGACACUUUUCUCUGUCUGUAACGAGACACCAUGGCCAAGGCAACUUAUAUAAGAAAGAAUUUACUUAGGGGCUUGCUUACAGUCCUAGAGGGUGAGUCCGCAGGUGUCAUGGCUGAGGGGCAGCAGACUGGCAUGGCCCUGGGGCAGUAGCUAGAUGUGCAGGCAGAGGCAGAGGUGGGGAUGGGGGACAGCUGGACCUGAUGUUGCCUUUGCAGCCUUGAAGCCCAUGCCUAGUGGCAUCCUUCCUAAUCUUCCCUAAACAUUGCACCGCCUGUGGACCAAGGAUUCCAAUAGGGGCCAUUCUUAUUCGAAGCACCACACUGGGUUAGGGCUCUGCCACUGAGCCACAUCCAUAGCCUAGCCCCCCAGUUAGUUGAUGCUGAAGCUUCUGGAUAUUCAAGCUGGCCUGAAACUCUUGCCCCUCCUUCCUUGGUAAGCUGGGAUCACAGGUGUGCAGCACCAUACCUGGCUGGAGUUGGCUCCUUUUUAAGUUUAGAUAUAAGGGAGAUUUUGGUUUUCAGUUCUGGAGGUUGAAGGUCAGGGAUGACAUCUGAAGAUGUCCUUCCUCCUGGUGGAAAUCCAAGCUGAUUAAGAGUGUUAGCAGGAAUAAGUGCAAGCACUUGAGCACAGGCGUGUGUGUGUGUGUGUGUGUGUGUGUGUGUGUCUCCCUUGGUUUGCCUUUGUGAACUUUGUUUCCUACCACGUAAUGUAUGUACACAGGUCCUUUGUGUGGAGUAGGUGUCUGUCCUCUUUCCUAACACCAGUGAGUGGUACAGCCUGGGAGCUCGCAAACCCCAUCAUGGUUCUAGACAUGUGGACGAUGGGUUGUGUCUCUUUUGGGUAAGUCCCAUCACAGCAGCCUCAUCCAUCUUCACGGCUGAGAAGCCGUGUAAGGGCAGUGGCCUGGGGAAGGGAGUGGUGAGAGUUGACAAGGGGCCUGUGCUCAGUGGCCACCAGCUGUCCUUCCGCCAUGUUACUUCAUCAGAGACUGGUUUUCCCCAGCCUCUCUCAGGCCAGGGGUUACCCUGUUCCUAACACCCACAUUCCGUGCACACGAUCUGUUGUCUCCCAGUGUUGAACUUGGAUGUGGCUCCGGGCUUCCUCUUAGAGCUCAGGGCUGGUCAGAGCAGUGGGGAGCCCCAUGUGUGUGACUUGUUCUGAUGUUGUUUCUUUUAAAAAUGAUAUUGCUUUCUUUAUGUAUUCAUUUGUUGAGAGGGGCGUGUGACGGUCAGAGGACAACUGUGGGAGUCUUUGGUCCGCUCCUGCCAUGUGGAUCCUGGGGCUCAGUCAAGCUCAGGUAGCCGGGCUUAAUGGCAGGGCCCCCCCCCCAACCCUGCCAUCAGAGCCCUGAUUUGGUUUUUGAGACAGGGUCUCACUGCAGCUAGGCUGCUUCAUAACUCAUUGUUACCCAGGCUUCCCAGAAACUUGCAGAAAUUCUCCUGCCUCAGCCUCCCAAAUGCUGGGAUUGCAGGUGUUUGUUUGGUAAAGAUUCUGUCCCUAUGAGAGACAAGUUCCUCACAAAGCCCCUCCCGCCAGGGCCAUGGCUCCCCAACAGUUAAGGAAAUUGUAGCCUGUUACUUACAUGGGAAAUCCCGGUGGUUUUGAACAAGCACAUGAUGCUUACAUGAGGAACAGUGUCCCCAACUCCUGUCCAGCAAGUCCUCGAGGGGCUGGGUCGUCCAGUUACCGCUUCGUCCAGAAUGUGACCUCUGACCUUCAGCUGGCCGCAGAGUUCGCCGCGAAGGCAGCCUCCGAGCAGCAGGCAGACACGUCUGGUGGGGACAGCCCCAAGGACGAGUCGAAGCCACCGUACUCCUAUGCACAGCUGAUCGUGCAAGCCAUCUCCUCGGCCCAGGACAGGCAGCUAACACUAAGUGGCAUCUACGCCCACAUCACCAAACAUUACCCUUACUACAGGACUGCCGACAAGGGCUGGCAGAACUCUAUCCGACACAACCUCUCUCUUAACCGCUACUUCAUCAAAGUCCCUCGGUCCCAGGAGGAGCCUGGGAAGGGCUCCUUUUGGCGAAUAGACCCUGCCUCCGAAGCCAAGCUCGUGGAACAAGCGUUCCGAAAGCGGAGGCAGAGAGGCGUCUCCUGCUUCCGCACCCCCUUUGGGCCUCUGUCCUCACGGAGUGCUCCAGCUUCACCCACCCACCCUGGACUGAUGUCCCCUCGUUCCAGUGGCCUGCAGACCCCAGAGUGCCUGUCUCGAGAGGGCUCCCCCAUUCCACAUGAUCCCGACUUGGGGUCAAAGUUAGCCUCUGUUCCAGAGUACCGCUAUUCCCAGAGUGCCCCAGGCUCCCCUGUCAGCGCCCAGCCGGUGAUUAUGGCUGUCCCUCCCCGACCUUCCAACUUAGUGGCUAAGCCUGUUGCCUACAUGCCAGCUUCCAUAGUGACCUCACAGCAGCCCUCAGGCCACGCCAUCCACGUGGUCCAGCAGGCUCCCACCGUCACCAUGGUGAGGGUGGUUACCACCUCUGCCAACUCAGCCAACGGGUACAUCCUGGCGAGCCAGGGCUCGACCGCGACCUCCCACGACACCGCAGGCACAGCCGUGCUGGACCUGGGCAAUGAGGCUAGAGGUUUGGAAGAGAAGCCCACCAUAGCAUUUGCCACAAUCCCUGCAGCUAGCCGAGUUAUCCAGACGGUCGCCAGCCAGAUGGCCCCAGGAGUCCCUGGACACACAGUCACCAUCCUUCAGCCGGCUACACCAGUGACUAUCGGGCAGCACCACCUUCCAGUCCGGGCUGUCACUCAGAAUGGGAAGCAUGCUGUACCCACGAAUAACUUGACUGGCAAUGCUUAUGCCCUCACCAGCCCCUUGCAGCUCCUGGCAGCCCAGGCGAGUUCAUCCACGCCAGUGGUCAUCACCCGGGUGUGCGAGGUAGGGCCUGAGGAGCCAACAGCAGCCGUCUCCGUGGCAGCUAGUGCUGCGCCGACCCCAGCCAUCUCCACUACCACAUCUGCCUCUUCCAGCGGGGAGCCCGAGCUCAAGAGGUCCCGGGUAGAGGAGCCCAGUGGGACAGCCACCACACAGCCCACAGCUAUGGCAGCCACCGGCCCUCAGGGCCCAGGGACCGGCGAGUGAAUGUCACCUACAGGAAAGUGGAGUGAAACUCCCGCCGCAGGAGCCCUAGUGGCCAGCAGCUGCAUUCAAGGACCGAGUCGAAAAGCUCACAACUGCCUGCAGCCCCCGUGCAGGUGGCCGCCGCACUCGGACAAUUUCCUUUUUAUCUCUGUCCUCCCAUGGUUUGAAACAAACACAUAAACGAGUUCAGACAACUUGAUUGUAUGAAUCUGGGGGUUCUGUGUGUUUAUUUACCCCUCUCUCAUGCCAUCACCUCUCCCCAGCUCUUGGGGGAGAAGGUCUAGCCCACCUCCUCAGGAAUGGAUCCCAGGCAGCACCACAACAAGAGCCCAAGCCCCAGGACUGGACAGAAGCACAGUGCAAACCCAGGCUCCUCUCCUGGAGAGCUGGUCCACGGACUUCCUGUUUGUGACUGAUCCGGUAUAGACCAGAAAAACAGAAUGGCGAGAACUUCCCAGCCACAGGCUGGGGUACAGAACCCUCUCCCCAAAGGCAACAGAGGUCGUGGCAUUAAUUGGGGUCAGGGAGGUCUACUUUGGCUUUGGACCCUAAAUAUUUUUCUCAGCUAAAUAUGGAAUCUGGGCUCAUCUCAAACCUGAGACACACAGAAGGGGCCACGUGUCUUUAAGGUUCCCUUUUGUAGUCAGCCAAGCAACAACAGGCUGGGGCACUUGCCCGCAUACAGCCCCCGUUGAACAUGCCGCUGUCCCCGAUAACUCCAAGAAGGAUGGGCGGCUCCCACGUUGAUGUAUCAAAGUGCUUCGGGUUGAAAGUCAGCCCAGCGCCAGUGCCCACAGCACUGGGCGAGUCCAGAGCUGCAAGCUACAAACGGAUAUUGGAUAUCGGAGGAGACCUGGGCCAGCUCCAAGGGAAGUCAGUCAGCCACUCGCUCAGCAGGGAGGAUGAUGGUUUGUGCCAGCAGAAGAUGGCAGGGGACGUGUCCUGUGGUCCUGGCAGGCAGCAGAGGACCUGUGUGAUGAUCCGCUCACACCGGCUUCUCCCUCCCACCCCCCACUUUAGUUUCCUGAGAACCCCAAGAUCUGUCCAGUUUGAAAAUGGAAACCCUCUCUUCUACCUGAAACUGGGGUCCCUGGCCCUUCUCCACCGGAAAGGAGACAGUCUCUCCAGACAGCAGUUGGUGCCAAGUUUGAUUACAGUGCGGCAAGAACCAAAGCAUGGGUGUCAGCUGAGGACCCCCUUUGCAUGCCAGACCAGCGACCAGCAGCACUUUAGCAUACGCCACACCAGGUCACAUGAGCAGGAGCCAUUGAAUGUUUCCCUCUGUGGGAAUGAGAGUUGGUUUUGCAGAAGCAGUCAUGGGGGCUGUGCGACAGGAGACCUCAAGGCAGCCAGAACCUCAGUGCUGGUCCUCCUGGAGGGUGGUCCGUAAGCAACUGGCAACAGCUUGGACAGAGAGCCCCAGAAGAGAAGGCCCUGUCCUUGAUACAAAACCAGCCGCCUUUCUCUGCCGGGUGCCAGUCGGAAGAGCCCAGAGGGCCCUGUGAGUGAAGAGCGGGCUUUGGCCUUAGUCAGAGGAGAUAGGUGAUCAGGUUGGUUACGUCCAAGCUACACUGUAUGCCUGCUGCUGUUGAAGCCACCAGUCCCCAACACACAUCAGGGACCAGUGCGGAGUGCCUGCCUCCUCUCCUAAACUAUCUUCCCGGCUCCCCAGACAGUCAUGUCCGUAGUACUAAGCUCCAAGCCAGAAGUAAGCUGCAUUUUGAAGACCUCCUGCCUGUUGCCUGAGAGGUUUCAGAGAAGUGGGGCUGGCAUGAUGGUGUCUGCAGGAAGGUUUUCCAGGUGGACCUGCCCCUCGGAUUGGGCAAAGGGCUCUGUCCCACACCUUCCCUUUUUACCUGGCAUGAACUUCUGUCUGUGUGCCUGGCGUGAGUGUGGGGUUAGGGGAGUAUGCAUGGGGUGGGGCUCUGCGUUGCCUAGGGAUGUUGGUACCAGCUGCUGACCUUCCCCUCCCUCAGCAUUUACUCCAAGGCUGUCCAUGGUCAACCUCUAAGUCUGAUUAAGAUUGUGGCUGGUCAUGGUAGGCACUGUUUGUGGCCCCUACAUGGAACUGCGGGGUCCCCAAUUGCUACAUCUAUCAUCAUGGCUCCUCGGUCUGGCCCUGAGCUGUUUGCUGUCCUGGUUCCGAAACGUGGGCUCCAUGCUCUGAGGCAGACCUCCUCACCCUUAACGGGUGUGGGAGGGAGUGGAGAAGGAGUGAGAGCACACACUGCCCCCAUACAUGGCCUUAAGGUGGGCACCCAGCUACAAAGGAGGCUAGUCUGGUGCUGCUGCUCUGGGGGAUGGAUUUGGUCAUCUACUGGGUGGCACCCCUGGCUUGUGCCAGCUUCUGCCCACAACUCAUAGCCACAGACCCCAAAUAGCCAGUGCUCAGAUCAGGGGUGUACGGCUAGCUGGAAUGUGCUGCCAGGAGCUCUGAGUACCAGGUGGUGUUCAGCUGACCAAUCUGUGGACACUAGAGCCGGGUUUAGGAGCCAGGAGGGCCAUGUCCAUCCGCUGGGUGGACCAUGGCUGGCAACCCUGGAGUACCCCAUUAAGCCCUGGGUUGGGGGAAACAGUUCAGGGACAGAUGUGAAGCCUGGUGACCUGUUCCUCGGGGCACAAAGGGGCUCCAGCUUCUGGCACAGCUCAUCUGAGCUUGUCUAGUUUUGUUAAGCGUUCCCUGGUAGACCAGACUGUCCACAUGUCUUCUCUCUUCUGCUUCAUAUCCAGUACUCUCCAGACUCACACAUGCUGCUACCGGCAUAGAUGUUACCAUGGUGACCAGAAGUGAAGAGACCCUGCCUGCUCACUGUAUUUCCCCAUCCUCCUUCUUGCCCCUCUCUCCGUACCUCUCUCUGCCUCUCCUGUCCUGCCCUCCUCCUUGCCUCUUCUCUCUGCUCCCCCACCUCAGCUUUCAGCAUCCAGAGCAUGGUAGACGUGUCCAUACCAUUAGCUCUUGGAGCCUUGCCUUGGGCCAGGUGGGGUGUCUGGCUCACUGUCUGUGAAGAAGCCCCAGGGACACAUCCCCUGCUUUCUGUGUCCUUAUAAUUGAGAGACCUACCAUCUCCCCAACCCAUCCCGCAACACCAGGCCUGCCAGGGUUUGAGGUAGUAGGCGCCGUUCAUCUUUCCUCUGAAAGGAGGAAUGGCCUUCUACAGUAUGCCAGGAGAGCUGGAAAUGGGCAAAGCCAGGUGACAGGGUCAGUGUCUUCCUUUAUAGACAGGGGGACCCCUUGGGCAGUGGUAAAAGGGUAUAAGGUUAAAGGUUAGUGAAAUGCAAGAAGGAAGCCUCCCCAUAAAGCGGAACGGGUGAUGGGCGGAAUGAUACUGUUCUUCCUCAGAAUUCUCAAAUUCACGUCAUCACCCACGUGAUAUUGCCCAUCCUGGGUACCCAGUCUCUCCCUCCCCAUCGGAACUGCACAGUGCCUGCUUAGAAUAAGUCAGAAAGGGAUGUGAGCCUCAGCUCUGGUGAAAGAUCCCUCAUGGGGGAAACAUCACAUCCUGACCAGGAGUGGCAGAGUCAGCACAUAUGACCACAGGGUACUCCUCACUUCGCCUCAGGGUGACAGUGGCCACCUGUCCUCUCCCCCAGUCUCUCAGAAUACCUCUGCUUAGAACCAGUGUUAUAAAGAAUAGGUCAGGUUGUUCCAAAGAUCGCCACUGCAGACAUGGCUUCCCUCCAGAGCAGGGCCUCCUCCGAUAGCCGCUUUGGCUUUCAGGGUGGGGUGGGCGGGGCAGGGAACAGAGCAUGGCCAAGGCCUUCCACCUGCGGCUUCAGUCCUGUUCCCCAUUUAAUGAUCCCUUUCAUCUUGGGAGUUCUCUUGAAUUCAGUAUAGUUCUUGCAUCCACUUGUUGGGCUCUGGGAUUUUUGUUUUGUUUUGGGUUUUGUUUGUUUGGGUUUGUCCUUUGAGGUGAGAGCUAGGCCAGUGUUCUACCACUGAGCUGCACUUCCAGCCGUUUUGAUUUUUUUUUUUUUUUUUAACUUGAGAUGGGUCUCACAAAGCUGCCCAGGCUGGUCUUGAACUCCCAGUCCUCUUGCCUCAGCUUCCUGAAUCUCGGGUGAUGGGCCUCCAUGCUGCCAUGGUCCAGCACUGUUUGUGUUUUGUUGCUUUUUGUUUCUAUACCAAAAGCUGCUACACUGGUGACAGAGCAGGGUGUGGCCUAGGUGCCCCCACAGAUGGGCAUGUGGCACCCACUUCCCACAGCCUAUGGUUUAGACAAAUUGGGACUGACCAAGAGACGUGUUCCUGGGGUUGUUGCUUCUCUCUCUGCCCUCCCCAUCACUCACCCCUGAAGUCACAGUGCUUGGCAAGUGGAUGUUUUUCAACAACCACAGAUGUUUCCUUUGAAGUAAAACACAAGCCCAUUUCACUGACUUCGUUGGGAAAAAUAGUUCUCUACUUGUGUUUUAAAAGAGAAAAGCUCCUUGAGUGGUCCUGGCUGCUCCUCUGCUCUCUCCACUGCUCCAAACCGCUCUCUAGCAGGCCUCAGCUCUGCUGCUGAGGAAGCAUUCUAGAACCUACCCUCCAUUGGAUUGGGGCAUAAGAGCCUGGGCAGGGCUGUCCCACAGAUGAGGCAGAGGUACCACCUGGGCAUGAGGCAGGGCAGAGGGUCCUCAGGGAGGAGUGGCCAACUAGAGGGAGAACAGCUUGGCAAGAGCUAGGGGGAGGUGAGCCUGUGGGACUGCAGGCUGAGGGCUGCCUCACCCCCAUCUUAGCCCUCACAGUCUGUGCAAGCAGUGGUAAAGAGAGCUGAUCCCUUAAUGGAGAUCUCUCUCUCUCUCUCUCUCUCUCUCUCUCUGAGAAAAUACUUCUGAGACCUUCAGUCACAAUGAAAAGCAGCUUGUGUGUUUCUGCACUUGGGCUAAGCUGUCAAACACAGGCUGCCUAGGGCCCCCCCCCCAGAAGCCUUUCCCCUAACCCCUUGUCUGCACCCCAGCCCCGCCUUGUGAGAGUUAGAGGAUUAGAAGAGCCUGCUGCUUUACCUCUGGAAUCCUGUUCCUGUGACUACUCACAAGGUGACCCACGUGCAGGAACCUGGGCCCCAGGAGCCUGAGUGCAGACAGUGGCCAAGCGUGGUCCACAGCCCCCGUAUGUGAAGUACUUGCCACCAUUAGAGCAGCCUCAGCACCGUCCCCCAGUCCCUGGGACUGGCUGGCCCUGCUAGCAUGAGCUCCAUGAUCCACUAAGUACUCAUGUUCUCUGUCCUAUAUGUAUCCAAAUGGCACCUUGGCUUCUGAGUCUGAAUUCGCUGGUUUAGAACUUUUGUUUUUAAUUGGUAAAAUUGGGAAUUCAAAAAGCUAACAUCUUCAAUUUGGUCCCUCUCUCUCAUCUUCUCUUCUUAACAUCCUUCCUGAGUGGGGAGGGGCAUUUGGGAUCCCUGAUAAUAUCUUAGCUCAAUCCCUGGGCUGGGAAAAGGUGGUGAGGGUGGGAGGGGGGGGACCCAAGCUGUUUUCCAGGUCUCUCCUUGGAUUCUGCUGUGUUCUGGGCAGGGGUGGGCAGCAAUGUGCACGUGCGAGGGAGGGGCUAAAGCCAAUAGUGAGGUGGUUCUUUUUCUUAACUGAAUGAUAAUUCUGUAAAAGUAAUUGGGGGGAGGGUGUUCAGGGAGUAUGUGUGUGUGUGUGUGCAGCGAGAGAGCAUGUGUGAUUUUGUUUUUUUGUUUUUUUGUUUUUUUACAGUGGCUGUCAAGUAUUUUCAUGAUAUGUUUAACACGUAGUGCUUUAAAAGCAGUGGUACCCAAUAAGCUGGGAAUCCAAGUUCCAGAGAUGGGACGUGCCCACCUCAGUGAGCAAAGGUCCCACUCUGGAGGCAGGGAUAAGAAAGGCCUGCGGACCCACACACCAAGCAGCAACACCUGGGCGUUCAUUUCAAAUGGGAUACAGUAUUUUUUUAUAACAGAACCAUCCUUUUUUAAAAAAAAAAAAGUUUUGACACCUGAAUGUGAUUUCUAACUAUUAUUAGACGUUAAUGUUUUAAAGCUAUAACAAAGUGGAAAUUUCUACUUUUCUUUUUUCAUUCAUUUGAACUGUUCUUUUAUCUAUUUGGUUGUUGUAUGUGGGCGGGGAAGCUCUGUUUUCUCCUCUUAGCAUUUGUUUCUAUAACCAGAAAUAAAAUUAUAUAUUAAAGAGAUGUA